CACCCAGGGUUGUCAUUAUUAACCGAUUGCCGAUCGAACUCAUCGGUUAAAAUCGCCAGAAAAUCGGUUGUUUUUCCCGAAUCUUUAAAAUUGCGAUCGGAAGUUUGUAUCAUGCAAACCUAAAAUAAUUGACGAGGAAUAAACGUACUAUAGUAGAGCGACGCCCGGUCAUUCAGUCAGUCCAUUAACUCCGCCUAAGAGCUACUGUUUUCAAUGAAUUUCUCAGCGAGUGGCCAAUAUUGAUUUUUUUCAGCUGUCAAUCAAAUUCUUCUUGGUAAGAACGUCAACCAAUCAGCGCUCGGGCAGCCGAAUACACGCCGACUCCACGUGAAAUUGUAUCAAUAGCUGUACAUUUGACAGAUUAUUACUGACCGUAUCUCAACAAAUGCUGCACUGUAGAGCGUAAUUAACUAGUUUUUUUAGUUAGAGAAAAAGUUUCCACAUAUUAAAAAAAUCAUAUUAAAAAAUGCUCUCUGAUUUUCUACCAUGCGACCUCUGCGCUACGAAGUUGUUAUUCAGCAUCUAAAUAUUAAAGUCCACGCUUUCUCCAAGGAAGAAUGACGUGAUGUUAUACAUGAAGUCUAACUUUGGCAUGAUUUUAAUCUGUACAUGAAAAACACGAGAAAUGUGUCUCUGUUGCUAGAAUUUUCUUAAUUUUCCAUGAAUAAUGAAAUCUGAAAAUGAUUUCGGAUAACACAUUUAAUUAUACGCAUUUGAAAAUACUUUAAUUAAAUAAUGCAUUUUGUUAUACAAAUGGUCAUAACACAUAAUGUAAUAAGUAGGUAACUAACGUGUUUUGAGAUUGCCAAACUAUGCAUACAUAUAGGUCUACAUGCAUGAAUGAUCUGACAAGUUAUACCACGAUCCGGAAUGAAAAGUACUCGGUAAAAUUUAAAGAAAGGCGCGUUUUUAUUUUCAGAAAUCCACUUUCACUUUCGCAAACUUUUCUGAAAGGAGGUACCGUACAUGUAACAGUUUAGAUUGACUGUUUGACUUGUCGUUAUUACUAAAUAUAAACGGUUCUCAAUGCUCUCAAAUCGCGUCACGUGAUUCACGCAUGUUCAAUCGGAAUUUCCUAAUCCCACAAUUCAAUUUGUAUAUGCACUUGCACUAAAUGGCGGACGACAUUCAUCGUCAACAUUGGGCGUAAUUUGGUUUUAAAAAAAAGAAAUCGUAAUAAUACUGGAUUAUCGGGUAAUGGAUAUUAUUGGAACAUGCAAAGAUCUAUCAAUAUAAUAUGUUUUUACAUUGUACAGUAUACUAAAAAUGUGAAAAUCUUAAAAUUCGCUAUUCUUUUUAGACCUCAUUUUAACUUUUUAUGCUCUGAGAAUAGCAGUAUUUUGUCCCUAAAAUGUCUAUAAUUCGUUUUCGGUCGGAGGGCUUCGCCCACCUGACCUCCCUACCAGGGCCUUGCCCUGGACCUACAAGGGGGCCUAGGUGGCCCCCUUGACACCCGGCCGAAUCGGUUACUUUUCCAAAAAAAUCCUUUGUUUACAAUCAUAAUGACAACCCUGGACUCACCUCUGGAACGGGGUGUCUCCUGUAUCAUGCACUAUCCCCCGUAACCAACUAACACGUCUUUCUGGGGGCGAUGGCCAUAUGGGAGACAAUCCCGGUGCACUCGAUAAAAAAUAAGGAAAAAAAAAAAAAAAAAAAAAAAAUUAUCAUUCUGAAACCUAAAUUAGACUGUUAAAAGAAUCUGUUUUACUGGUGAAUAUAAUUUUGGACAUUUGGCGCCUGACGUAGGAUCACAACAGAAAGGAAACUGCGCAACAGAGAAGACUAUUUGGAGGUGAGUUUUUUUUCUUUAUUUUUUUUUAUCGGUGCUAUUACAAAACUCUUAUCAUCACAACAGUCAUGUACAUUAACAUUACACACAUUAUCAGAUACAACUUAAUUGUUUUAAAGUAUUGAAAAGGUGUGAUUUAAAAUGAGUGAAAGAUAGUUAGGCGCAAUAGCUGCAUGCUUAAGGUAAAGUGUAUAAAUUAUAUUUAAUUCUUUGCAUUGAUAUUUAUUUAAAAAGUUACUAUAAUCAAACGUUCUCUUUACAGACACAGGUCACCCUGCGGGGUCCUGUGGUUAGUUUAAGGCAUGUGGUGGGUUGUAUUAGUUAAGUUUAUAGCUUUAUGCAGUUGCAUGGGAUAAGUUGUAGAAAUAGUCAGUCAAUUUUCCAUAUCUCAGGGAGACUUUUAACACAAAAUACUAACCUCCUUCGUGGAUGACUCUCCCACAAUGUAGUGUAAGAACUUCUCUCUAGUGCGGUAUAUAUUUAAUUCUUUGCGUUGAUAUUUAUUUCAAAAGUUACUAUAAUCAAACGUUCUCUUUACAGACACAGAACACCCUGCGGGGUCCUGUGGUUAGUUUUAAGGCAUGUGGUUGGUUGUAUUUGUUAAGUUUAUAGCUUUAUGCUGUUGCAUGCGAUAAGUUGUAUAAAUAGUUAGUCAAUUUUCCAUAUCUCCUUAGGGAGACUAUUAACACAAACUACUAACCUCCAUCGUGGAUGACUCUCCCACAACCUAGUGUAAGAAAUUCUCUCUAGGUAGUUGCAUGCGAUAAGUUGUAGAAAUAGUCAGUCAAUUUUCCUACUCUCCUUAGGGAGACUAUUAACACAAAAUACUAACCUCCUUCGUGGAUGACUCUCCCACAACCUAGUGUAAGAAAUUCUCUCUAGGGCAUGCCAUAAGGUAUAUAUUUCAUUCUUUGCGUUGAUAUUUUUUAAGUUACUAUAAUCAAAUGUUCUCUUUACAGACACAGAUCACCAUGUGGGGUCCUGUGGUUAGUUUUAAGGCAUGUGGUGGGUUGUAUUUGUUAAGUUUAUAGCUUUUAUGCAUUUGCAUGCGAAGUUGUAGAAAUAGUCAAUUUUCCAAAUCUCCUUAGGGAGACUAUUAACACAAAAUACCAACCUCCUUCGUGGAUGACUCUCCCACAACCUAGUGUAAGAAAUUCUCUCUAGGUAGUUGCAUGCGAAGUUGUAGAAAUAGUCAGUCAAUUUUCCAAAUCUCCUUGGGGAGACUAUUAACACAAAAUACUAACCUCCUUCGUGGAUGACUCUCCCACAACGUAGUGUAAGAAAUUCUCUAGGGCAUGUGAUAAGUUUUAUUGGCUAGCUGCAUGUAUGAAGUUGUAGUAUUAGUGACUCAAUUUUCCAAAUCUCCUUAGGGAGACUACUAACACAAAAUACUAACCUCCUUCGUGGAUGACUCUCCCACAACGUAGUGUAAGAAAUUCUCUCUAGGGCAUGUGAUAAGUUUUAUUGGAUUAGUUUAGCAUCUUAAGCUGCAUGUAUGAAGUUGUAGUAUUAGUGAGUCAAUUUUCCAAAUCUCCUUUAGGAGUCCACUAACACAAAAUACUAACCUCCUUCGUGGAUGACUUUCCCACAAUGUAGUGUAAGAAAUUCUCUCAAGGGCAUGCAAUUACUUAUAUUGGCUAAGUUUAAUAUAUUUAGAUGCAUGUUUUAAUCUGUAGAAUUAGUCAGUCAAUUUUCCAAAUCUCCUUAGGGAGACUACUAACACAAAAUACUAACCUCUUUCGUGGAUGACUCUCCCACAACGUAGUGUAAGAAAUUCUCUCUAGGGCAUGGGAUAAGUUUUAUAGGCUAAAUUUAGCAUGUUUAGCUGCAUUAUUAAGUUGUAGUAUAAGUGAGUCAAUUUUCCUUAUCUCCUUAGGGAGACUACUAACACAAAAUACUAACCUCCUUCGUGGAUGACUCUCCCACAACGUAGUGUAAGAAAUUCUCUCUAGGGCAUGCAAUAUGUUUUAUUGGCUAACCUCAUGUAUUAAGUUGUAGUAUUAGUGAGUCAAUUUUCCAAAUCUCCACAUUAAGCUGUAGAAUGAGUCAGUAAAUUCUACUAAAUUCUUCGUGGAUGACUCUCCCACAACGUAGUGUAAGAAAUUCUCAAUAAGUUUUAUUGGCUUAAAUAUGGUGUGAGUGAAAAUGAGUGCAAGACAUAUUAUUUUCCACAUCUCAUUGGGAAGUUUUUUGGCACAGUAUGAUAUAUAUAAACAGAUGGUAACUGGGAAAAGUGCAGUGACCAAGACCCGUUUACGAAUCCUUGUAGUCCUAAUAAUGUUUGAUUCAAUAUAUUUUUUUGCGUUUUCCAUGACACAAUUGAAAUUACACAAAAGCUUUGUCAUUUAUGUCAAACUGCUUGCAUUACAGUGGAGCAUGUGAAAAUACAGUUCAUAGCAGACACACACAAAAAAUCAAUGUCAAAAGACAUGAAUGCAAUUUUGUUAAAUUGUAUGUCCUUCCUUAUUGUUUUAACGUUGACAUUUGGUGCUGUUCAGCCCUAUGUAAACGCAGCAAAGUGUAUUGAUGUGAUUACGCUAAAUAUGUCGUUACAUCAAAAACUGUUUUUCACUAGUGCAGAACAAAAAACCGUGCCGUCUGCAAGUCUGUAAAAAAAAACUGCAAUUAUCGGAUGGUCCAUCAAUUAUCACGUAAUCCCUGCUGCUAAUUACCCAGUUAGUGCGCACUCACUAUUUAGAAGGUGACAUGUGUAUUGGAGGAGAUGAGAUAAGAUAAACAACGCCCGGGGUAUUCUCUCGAUUAUAGACCGAGUUUCAAAUACUGAAACAUUAAUUUCAAUUAGGAGCAUAGUGGGCUUUAUUAGCAUGGAACUCGAGAUGUUAACUGAUUGAUGCACGGGUCAAAUUUUCGAUGCGUCAAAAUGAGGCACGGCAGAAAAGGGGGAUGCGUCAAAAACGAGUCUUUUUUAAUUUGCUCGCUUCAAAACGCGUAUACCAUGUUAACUAACUGUUAAUCUUUGUGUUCUUUACUGUCAUACCAUGAGGUGCGAAAUUCCUUGAAACACAGCAAUACAUGGUCACUUUGAAUCAAAUCGCUCUAUGCCUUUCACUCAGUGUCGUUUUAUAUCCUAGGUCUUAAGCAAAUUAGGUGUAUAUGAUACUGUUAUGACAAAAAAUGCCUUAACAAGGUGCGCAUGCGACUGAGUGAUUUUGUCUUUCUGUUUGAAAUAUGGAUAAACACGCCAAAGCAGAAUUGCUAUUCUACUAUUACCUGCAAUUAGUGAUUUCAAAGGAGUAACUUUCCAGUUUAUUUUAACAUCAACUAUUAUCAGUGGCUCAGUGCACCAACUAGGCUUUACAAUGGGCUUUACAAUGGGCACAGGGUUUUCUUUGCCCAAACGGCUCUUUCAAUACACAGUAUUUUGUCAAAAGGGCACUUUCAAGCGGACAGUCGUUCCAUGCAGGAAUGCUUUCUGUUGCAUGUUAAUUCAUAUCUUUUUAAUCAUUGUUAGAAUACAUUAUUCCCAUAAUUAUUAAAGCAACCAUAAAUAUUACGUACACUUAAAAACAUAUUAAUUACAAUGUCAUAUAAUAUUUACUAAUAAUCAUAUGUACAUUUUCUUUAUUACCUUCCUUUUUUUAUGGACAGAGGGGGCCCUAGAAAGGGUAAAACUUAGGGUAUGUAGGGCAGUUCGCCUUCAAUAUGGCCUAGCUGGAGCACUGUAUAAAAACAUGUACCUAAUUUCCUUUUGAUUGGCGUUUCUGGUGCCAUCACUUAAAUACAUAAUGAAUUGUAUUCCAGAUGUUGGUAAUUGAAACAUGCCGAGAACAAAAAGAAAGUCACUGAGGACACUCAGACAAGAAGUCAAGCAAGAAGAAGAAAUCCACCUGUGACUAUUCAAAGCAGCCCCCCCAAAGAAUCAUCUGUGAUACAUAGCUACAAUGUUGGAACAGAUGUACAUUCUUCCAAUGCCCUUAAGCCACCUGUGACUAUUCAAAGCAGCCCCCCCCCAAAGAAUCAUCUGUGAUACAUAGCUACAAUGUUGGAACAGAUGUACAUUCUUCCAAUGCCCUUAAGAUUGUACACCUUCCUCUGCCUGAUGAAGAGAUACCACUGAUUACUGACACAAGUGGUCCAAUUUGCACUGAUGUUAAUACAAGAGAAGAGGUACAUGAGUCAAUUGUACACCUUUCUCUGCCUGAUGAAGAGAUACCACUGAUUACUGACACAAGUGGUCCAAUUUGCACUGAUGUUAAUACAAGAGAAGAGGUACAUGAGUCAGUUCAUCUAAACGCUGGCUGUUCUGCUGUACAUGAGGACAUUUUCUAUGGACUGGAUCCAAAUGACGUCCUAAACGGUUCUGUAGAUGUACAAGUAUUAGACUACUACUCCGUGUUACUGAAAACACAGUUAGGAUUGCAGUACGGACUUUCACCACCUUCCAUUAUUUACCAGCAACAAAUAUCAACACAACAAGUUGGUGUUGCAGAAGUUAUUCCAAGAAAUCAGAAUUCACUACAAAUACACUUCAUUGACAACCACUAUGUUGUAAGUUAUAAAUCAAGUGAAACUAUUUCUGUUUAUGACUCCCUCUACAACUCUUCUAGAAUGUCUUCACUACAUAAACAGCUGCAGUAUAUUUAUGGAGAUAUUUCAAAGUACAGAAGAAGAUAUAUUGUAGCUCAAAGUCAGGGUACAACUGUUGAUUGUGGAGCAUUUGCUGCUGCGAAUGCCUACUUUUUACUAAAAGGAAUGGAUCCUGAAUGUAUUGUCAUAAAUCAAAGACAAUUAAGAUCUCAUCUACAACUGUGUUUACAAAACGGUUUAAUCACUGUCUUCCCACACAUGCAAAAAUGGAAACCCAUUGACAAAGAUGCAGAAAAGAAUGCAGUUAAAAUUCAAACUCCGAUUCCAAAUGACACAAACAAUGAAAUGCAGUUUGAGAAAGCUACAUCAAAAAGGACAAAAAAGCAACUCCCACACAAAAAUACGCAAUCACAUUUGGACAGUGCCACACUACAGCGAACUCUGGAAACAAUGAAAGAUUCAAGUGAGUUGCAAAAACAAUAUUUCCAAGAUCAAGCAGAAAAAGCUGCACGUAAGAAAGAACUGUUAAUUGACUUGUGUGAAAGUCUGCAAAAACACGCAGCAGAUGAGAAAAAAACUAAAAGACAAAAAAAAAAAGGAGAAAAAACAAAAAUGGAGAGCGAAACAACGAAGCAUGGACUUGAACGCUGUGAAACAAAAAGAAACACAACACAAAAGAACAGUCAGAGCUAAACACAGACAAACAGAUCCUGACACGGCAAGAAGAAAACAAACACAACAGAAAAACAAAGUCAGGCAUAAACACAGACAAACUGAUCUUGGCGCAGCACGACGCCUUAGAGCAGAUGAGCAAAAAAAUGUCUGUGAAAAACACAGACAAACAGAUCCUGACACGGCAAGAAGAAAACAAACACAACAGAAAAACAAAGUCAGGCAUAAACACAGACAAACUGAUCUUGACGCAGCACAACGCGUUAGAGCAGAUGAGCAAACAAAAGUACGUGAAAAACACAGACAAACUGAUCUUGAUGCAGCACGCCGCGUUAGAGCAGAUGAGCAAAAAAAUGUCCGUGAAAAACACAGACAAACAGAUCCUGACACGGCAAGAAGAAAACAAACACAACAGAAAAACAAAGUCAGGCAUAAACACAGACAAAUUGAUCUUGACGCAGCACGACGCGUUAGAGCAGAUGAGCAAAAAAAUGUCCGUGAAAAACACAGACAAACAGAUCCUGACACGGCAAGAAGAAAACAAACACAACAGAAAAACAAAGUCAGGCAUAAACACAGACAAACUGAUCUUGACGCAGCACGACGCGUUAGAGCAGAUGAGCAAAAAAAUGUCCGUGAAAAACACAGACAAACGGAUCCUGACACGGCAAGAAGAAAACAAACACAACAGAAAAACAAAGUCAGGCAUAAACACAGACAAACUGAUCUUGACGCAGCACGACGCGUUAGAGCAGAUGAGCAAAAAAAUGUCCGUGAAAAACACAGACAAACAGAUCCUGACAUGGCAAGAAGAAAACAAACACAACAGAAAAACAAAGUCAGGCAUAAACACAGACAGGCUGAUAUUAAGACUGCAAAGCGUUUACGAGCAGAAGAACAACACAAGGUACGCCAGAAGGGCCAUAACUUACAAACUGCUUCCAACAAAUUUUUUGACAACAUAAAUCAAUUUCCCGAAUAUAUAUGUACCUGCUGCAGCAGAAUGAUGUAUAAAAAAUCAGUAGUGCCAAUUCUAACUUUGAAGACAACGCACACCGAAAUGUUAAAUCGUUGCAAACAGCAAACUAUUUCUGCUGAAAACACAGAAUGGAUUUGUAACACAUGUGCACGGUACUUGCAACAAAACAAGAUGCCUCCACAGGCAGAUGCUAACAAUUUGAAAUUACCUCCUACACCGGAAGAAUUGAAAGGUUUGACUACUCUUGAAGAACGACUGUUGUCGCAGAGAUAUCCUUUCAUGAAGUUACUGGCACUACCGAAAGGAAGACAAAGUGCUAUCAAAGGAGCUGUAGUCAAUAUACCUGUGCAAGUAAACACUGUUGCUGAAAAGUUACCGUUAACUCCUACUCAAGCAGGAUUCAUUCCAUUGAAACUUAAACGAAAGAUUGAGUAUAAAGGUCACUAUUCCUUCCAAUACAUCAGACCUGACAGAAUUUUAAGCGCACUUCAUUGGCUCAUUGAAAAUAAUACCCUUUACAAAAAUGUUCAAUUAAACAGAACAUGGGAAGCAGACUGUGUAGAAAAUGACACUAAAACAUGGAAUGAGUUAAUUGGAAAUGCCAUUCAUGAAGAUGAUAACCCUGAAUCUACUACAGUUGAAGGCACUUCACCAGAUGCUACAGUUGAAAACGUUUCAUCAGAUGAAGACAGUGACAAUGAGGAAGAUAUUGUACCCAUUUCUACCGAUCCGUCUCAAAACGUCCAGUUUGAAACAUGUGUUCAACAAACUGAUAUGUCCAUUGAUGCAAACAGAGUACUUUCAAUAGCCCCGGGAGAAGGCAAAAAACCAAUUGCAAUAUUGCAUGAUGAUAAUUUUGAAGAGCUUAGUUUCCCUACACUAUUUCCAUCUGGAAAACUUGGUUACAAAUGUGACAGACCAGUGCGACUUUCAGCUAAGAAGUACUUCCAAAAAAGAAUUUUUGAAAAGGGUGGUCACUUUGCUUCAAAUAUUGAAUAUCUUUUUGUCGCCCAGUUCAUAUCUGAAUGGCAACAAAUUAUUUCUUUCAUGUCUAUUGCACUACGCAAGUCCCUGAUUUGCAAUUGUGAUGAAACAUUUACUGCAGGCUACUUCAAAAACACUGAUAAUGUUCGUCCAUUGCUAAUGAAAGAUGAUGCUUACAGAUUUCUACGUCCAAUAAGAGGAAGCCCACCAUACUGGCAGAAGGUCAUGUUCGAACUACUGGCUGCUAUUAAACAAUUUAAAAUAUUUACUUGGUUCUUGACACUCUCUGCAGCUGACAUGAGAUGGGAGGAUACAUUGAAAGCAAUAGCUAAGCAUCAGGGCAAGAAUCUUUCACAUGAAGAAAUCAAGGAAAUGACAUGGGAGGACCGAUGUUCUUUACUAAGAUCCAAUCCAACAACAGCUGCCAGGAACUUUCACCACAGAGUUCAGUCUUUAUUUACAGAUGUUAUUCUGUCACCAGCUUGUCCCUUAGGAAAAAUCACUAACUACUUCUAUCGGAUAGAGUUUCAACAACGCGGUUCCCCUCAUGUCCAUGCUAUUUUGUGGGUAGAAAAUGCACCUCAGCCAUAUGAUCCCAGUGAAGACAUAUGCAAUUUUGUUGGCAAAUACAUCCAAUCUAACCUCCCAUCAACUGAUGAAGAACUUUGUACUCUUGUCCAGGAAGUACAAACACACAGACAUACAGCAACUUGUACAAAGCGAGGCGGUGCAUGCAGAUUUGGUUUCCCUAAACCAAUAUCAGAGGACAUCAUUCUCUCACGACCAGAUAGCAAUAAUGAUGAUCCUAAAACCCGAAAAGCAGCUAUUGAAAUCCUCAGCAAAGUUAAGGAGUGUUUGCAACAAGACGAUACGAACAAUGACAUGCUUAGUGUUCCUGACCUUCUUCAAAAAAGUCAAAUUAGCGCUGAUGUAUACUACGAAGCACUGAAAAAAGCUACAAAAACUCAAACUGUUUUCAUGAAACGAAAUCCAUCAGAAACAUGUAUUAACAAUUACAAUCCAUUUAUUGUUAAAUUAUGGAAAGCUAAUACAGAUCUCCAGUAUGUGACAAGCCCAUAUGCAGCAAUAGCAUACAUCACAAGUUACAUAACAAAAGAUGAACGAGAGGUAGGAACUGUUCUUCAAGCUGUAAGUAAAGAAAUGCAAAACCAAAAUGUGAGUCAACAAAUGAAGAAAGUCGCCUAUGCAUUUUCCAAUGCAAGAAAUGUCAGUGCACAAGAAGCAGCAUACAGGAUCCUAUCCCUUCCUCUUCAUGUUUCAAACUUCACAACAGUAUGGAUACCCAGUGGAUUUCCAGAAAAAAGAAUCAGAAUACUGAAAUCAAAGGAGUUCCUACAAUCCCUGGAUGAUGAAAAUGACAAUGUCUUUGCUACAAACAUAAUAGAUCGCUAUGCUGAAGACCAUUACAACUGUCAGAAAUGUGCCUUGCCCAAUUUGCUAUGUGGUAUAAAGUAAAAGGCUCCACUACCAACGAUGACUUUUUCCCGCCAAACACUGACCUUCAAAAUCCUGAUACAACUGUUGCUUCCGAAAACUUACAUGCCAGCCAUACAAAUAUUCAGUUCAAUGACACCCUGAACAUACCACAAAGUCAUGUCGAUGCAAAUCAUUACCCAGCAAUUGCUGAUGAACAAAGAGAUGGAAACGACUCACACAACCAACCACAAAAAAGGUCUAACGACCAAAAUUUUGAAGAAAUCAUAACAUUAAAUGGUUGUGGCAAAAUGAAACGACGACAGUCACCUGCUGUUAUAAGGUUUCAUCAAUGCUCCCAAGAAAAAGAUCCCGAACUGUACUCUUAUAACCGGUUGCUACUGUUCAUGCCAUGGAGAAAUGAACAACAGGACUUGCUGGCAAACUUCGGCUCAUAUGUUGAACACUAUGAAUGUAAAAAAGACGCUGUAGAGCGAACCUUCUCAACCCUAAUGAAAAAUGAAGAUAUUGUCAAAGAAGCUAUCUCCCAAUUCCAAAAAUCAGGUCUACCACGACAUGCUUGGGAUGACAUAGCUCCAGAAACAGAGCACACUGAAGCAGACCUUAUAGAAGAAGGUUACCAAUCAGACGAGAACUUUGCUAUACUUCAUCCUGACACUCAUGAAAACGCUUCAUUCCUCGAUCCAGAUCAACCCAGUACAACUUCAUGUACUUCCUACAUAGAUCUAAAUACAAACCUUUUAAGUGAUGAAGAAUACAGAACCUUAGUUCAGUCUUUAAACUGUGACCAGAGGUCUGUCUUUCAACAUAUUUUGAACUGGUGUACAAAACAGACAACACAUGCAACAGAGGUCAUAGAUCCUCAGUACAUAUUUGUGACAGGUGGUGCGGGAACAGGCAAAUCCCAUCUCAUCACUGCUAUAUACAACAUGGUGAACAGACAAGUCAGACAACCCGGUGAAGACCCAGGACAAACAAAGAUACUGUUAAUGGCUCCAACAGGUACAGCUGCAUUCAAUAUAAAUGGUUCAACAGUUCAUUCAGCUCUACAACUUCCGAAGACACUUAAUGACAUAUACAGGAAACUUUCAGAUUCAGUCUGUAAUCGCUUAAGGGUUCAAUUGUCUCAUCUCAAGAUAAUUAUUAUUGACGAAAUUUCAAUGGUCAGCUCUAGUGCUUUCAGUUACAUUGACCAACGUUUGCAACAAAUAAAGGAUUCCACUAAACCAUUUGGCGGUGUGUCAGUGCUGGCUGUUGGUGACCUCUACCAGCUACGUCCUAUUGCAAAAUACAUCUUUGAACCACCUGCUAAUGUUAUGCAACGACUAGCAGGAUCACUGUGGCUUACAUUGUUCCACAUACUAGAGUUAAAGCAAAUAAUGCGCCAAAAGGAUGAUGAAGACUUUGCUGCAUUGCUGAACAGAGUUCGUGUAGCACAUCAAACAGAUGAAGAUAUAAACAUUCUUCAAACUCGAACUGUCCACACUGCAAACCAAAAUUACAAACGAACAGCAUUGCACAUAUUUGCAACAAACAAACAAACAGAUGAACAUAAUAAGAGACGACUUGAAGAAUUGGGCCAGCCUAUAAUAUCCCUUACAUGAAGGGAAAAGAAACCCCUUUCAUUAAAGGAUUACGUUGUUUCUGACAACCCUACACAUACUGGUGGACUUUCGAAAACACUUGAAGUCUGCAAAGGAGCUACAAUUAUGAUCAUUAGAAACAUAGAUGUUCACGAUGGCCUUGUAAACGGAGCCCAAGGAAAAAUAAUUGACUUUUUACCUAACUCCAGCAAUGUUCAGUGUAUUCUUGUACAAUUUGAAAAAAGAAACAUUGGUCAAGCAGCAAGAACAUCCUUUCCAUUAAAUCUAUCUAAAUAUCCUCAGGAUAUCAUUCCUAUUGAAAGAGUGGAUGUUUCAUUCUCAACAUCUAUGGACAAACAAGGCCUUGAAAUAACAUGGACACAAUUCCCAAUCAGAUUAUCCUUUGCAUGUACCAUACAUAAAGUGCAAGGGUUAUCAGUUGAUGAACUAGUUGUAUCAUUUGAGCACAGAUUUUCUGGUGGACAAGCUUAUGUUGGCCUCAGUCGCUGCAGAACACUACAGGGACUACAGUUGCUUCACUUCACCCCUGAUAAGAUCACCCAAAGUUCACUUGUAAAGAAAGAAAUGAGUCAACUUCAACAAAACAUGCCAUUAACAAGUCCAUACAGCUGCCUCCACAACCCUGUAACAUGUGAAACAGUGAAAAUUUGUCUUCUAAAUGCACGAUCAUUAAGGCUACAUUUCCAAGAUGUUCAAGCAGAUCCUCUCACACAAUCUACAGAUGUUUUUUUUUUUUACAGAAGCUCACAUAUACAAAAACCAGACUGAACUGUAUUCAUUACCAACAUAUCAACAUAUCAUCAAACCACAAGACAGAAACAACAGUCAUGGUCUUGCCUGCUAUAUCAAGCGCAACAUGCAGUGUCCGGAAAUACCAUUACCAGACGUUACCUCCUUAGAGACGCUAGGUGUAGAACUGAUUAUUCCAAAUUCUACACUCACUUUUAUCGUGAUCUACAAACCGCCUAAAGUUACUAUGGCAGAUCUCCUUCGAGACCUACAGAUAAUACUGAAAGCGAUAGAUAACGUUCAAAAGACAAUCAUUCUUGGAGAUUUCAAUGUUGAUGCUCUUGCCGCUGAAAGCCAGCCAUUGAAACAUUUAAUGCAGCAGUUCACAUUCAAAUUCACUCAUCCCGGAACUACCCACAACCACGGCUCCUGUCUUGACCAUGUCUACCUACCGAAAGACAUUCAGAAUAUGUACAACUGUUACACAUUCCUUCCUACAUACUUUUCUGAUCACUUUUACGUGCAUCUACAAUUAGGAAUAUCAGCUUAGUUCUACAGGAUCCAUGGAAUAUUUAUGUGAAAAAAAUGACUAUUUGUGAAUUUGUUAACAAACAUAUACAAUACAAACAGUGUGAUUCAAGGACUUUUUGUGGAAAAUCAAUAACUGUACCACCAAACAAAAACUAAGCUAAGGCAAAACUGUAUAAAAAAUUGCUACGUAGGAAAAAGGGAUUACAUGAAUACUCAUGCAAAAACUGCUUUGUUUUCUUCAGUGUGCAUAUCAGAAGACUGUUAUACACAUCAAACCAUGUAGGAACUAUAUAUCAUUUGUAUGCAACUAAACUUUGUACCUAACUGUUUUUAUUGUACAUAUUAAUAAAAAAAAAUAACUUUACAAUUGUCCUUAUUUGAUACCUGAAAAAUAUAUGGUUGAAGUUUAUAACAAAUCACCGGACUCUCAUUAGCAACUCCAUAAGUAACGUAAGCAAUUCUUCUUUGAAUUGUCCAUCAUACUCUAACGUAUUAACACCAUGGCUGUCACAAGAAAUGACAUUUCAUGGGCACAUUAAUCAUCACCUACAGGUGACCCCUAUUGAUUUCCAUAAAUGAAGAUCUAAGUUCAAGCUCACAUUCAGUCAUUGACAAAAUAACCAAUACAACUGAUAGCCCAUAUUAAAAAAAAACUUUAAGUAGUGAAUGAGUAGUGAAUGUUGUGUCCAAUUGGUUCAAUGUAUGUAUACUUAUGCCAAAUAGAUAGUUCUGGACAACAAUAAUGCGCUUUUUCCCUUUUUAUGCCCCCUUCAAACAAGAGGAUGUAUAAUGUUUUGCACAUAUCCGUUGAUGGUGCACCAUCAGUCCAUCCUCGAGAUGGUUUCCAACUGAUACUAGUAAUUAAAAACACAUAGGCCUAUGAUCAUGACACUUAAUAUGUUCAUUGAUCAACUGGAAGAUGACCCAUAUAGAUGUUCAGGUCACUAGGUUAUUUCACAUGUCUUGGAUUAAUUUAUGUGGGUCAUUCUUCCGUAAAUUUUACUCCAAUCAUCAAUAAAAGAUUGCUAGGUUUUUAACAGUAAGAUGUAAACUUCAGAAUAAAAUUAUUUAUUCUGUUUUCACACUGUCCAGUAAAGAGACUUACAAAUUGAAUUUUUGACACAUGUUCAUUCAUAAUGAUGUAUAAGCCUUUGUUUUUGUGCCAGUAAAUACUAUGUUUAUGGAAAUGACGAGAGAAUUUAACAUUUAAAAAACCAAUGUAAUAUGAUUUGGCAACAGGACAGUUGUGAUUUGCUGGGUCAAUUCUAUUUAGCUUGACCAUCCAAGCGGUUGAUAGCUUUGACAAACUAGUGGUCUGAAACAUUGAGAAAAUGUCACGAUUCACUGACAAUAAAUCAAACAUGUAAUUCUUGCUACGCAUCUUGCAUUUAAUUUUGUCAAUUCAAAUUAUACAUAAAAAUAUAAUUAAUUUUUAAUCUGCUUGUUAAUUGAAAAACAGCAACACAGUUUGUAUGUAUAAAACAAUGUUAUUAAAUAAAUAGGAUCAAGCAUAUUAAAAUAUCAACUUAGAUUUAGUUUCCUUUACUGUACAGGAUUUGUAAAGUUAGGUUAAUACUUGUGUAUUGAACAAAUAUAACACCAGUGUAAAGAAAAGUUAAUUUGGGGAUGUUCAAUCCAAACCCUGAGAGUUCAGAUUUCCUCAAAUGCCAAGUAAAGAUUGUAAAUUUCAACCCACUUCUCUGGUUAGUUUUCAGAGCGCACAUAUAAUUAACUUUUGAGCUUAGUGUCUCAUUUGUACAUGCAUUACUGUAUUAACUCCAAACCAGCUAGUACAAGUGGUAGGCCAGUAUUACAUGGACUGGUGUUCACUGUUUACACCGUUUCACAACCCCAUCUGAUACUGGUCAGUAUCUUGGCAAGUGGCCAAAGUUGGGAGCAGAAUUAAUGGUCUAUUACAUAACUGCCUUCUGUGUGUGGUAAACACAUGAUACUGGUCAUGUGGUCAAGUUGCACUUGUAUACAUUUUCCCAAUACACAACACUAGCCUUGGCUAUUUUUAAUCAGAUUGCAUUGCUAUCUAUGGUGGUCAUUGACUAGGGGAGUUAACUGCUAUAAAUAACAUGUUUCAUUACCAUUAAUAAAUAAAACAUUUCAAAUUGUGUGCACGUUUCACAUAUUGUCAAAUAAGUCAAAAUGUGUGAAAGGAAUCCAAAAAAUCAAAGACUCAAUCAUAUAUUGGAUAUAAUUGAUUAGUAUAGGUCCUGAUUGGUUUUUGCACUAUUAAUUGGAUACAUUUCACAGGUCAUUGACAUAAGUGACAUAAAUUGUAGACAGAAUGUAUAGAGAAUUUCAUCUUAGUAUUAAUAAGUAAAUGAUUCCAUGAUGCUUAUUGGAUUUUACUUCAAGGUCACAGUGACAAAAAACAUAUUCACACAAUGGCUGUCACUACAACGGAGAGCCCAUAUGGGGGGCAUGCAUGUUUUACAAACAGCCCUUGUUUUUAAAUUUCUAACAAUAAAAAUAAAUUAAAUAUCACAUUCUCGAUUCGUUUUUUUAUUUCCUCUCAUAUUUUCAUUAGGAAAGUAUUAAAAAGAGACAUACAAGCAAAAUAUCGCCUGUGAGGCUGUGUUAAUCAAUUAUAGUACAUUCGGAUACUUUUUCUCGGUAACGGCUUUUAUCGUUAUAAAACAAUUGCUAAGUGCACUUGUACUCAACUGUCCAAUAUGGAAAAAAUACAGACUUUUUGGAUCCAAUACCGGAAUAUAUUGGACGGUCACGUGGUACAUAUUAAGAAUGCCGAUUGGAUGAAUUUAUUGGAUAUAGAAUAAAUAAAUUAUAUUGGGUAGCCACAAACAUUUUUGUUGGUUUUUGUAUUUACUUCCGUGACCUUGGUCGUAAAGCGUCUGUAUGAAUUAUGUAUGACGUAAAACUAAAGCAAGCUGUAAAAAUAAGAGCUAUAAAUCAAAUGCGUGAAAACAGAUGCCAUAAACGCACAGAAAGGAAUAAUUUACCCGGUAUUUCUUAUUUGAAACAAUAAUAUUAAAAAAAUAUCCACAUGACUGAAAAUAUUUUAUGUCGUAAUAGCCUUUUAAUGUAAUCUAUUUAUAGCUUUUGAACUCCGCUCAUUUCCUUAUUUGCCGAUUGGUCACAAAUGACAAAAUUACGUCAUGAUUCGCCAGGUAAGCACAACAGUUACAACUAAUAGGAGAUCUCUAGGAGAUUAAUACGGGAGGUAAUGAAAGGCAUAUUCAACCAAUACGAAUACCCGCUAGGAGACUUUUUACGGCUCUGAGUUUUUCUAGACUAAUAGAAGGCUCGACAAGUGAACAAUUUUCUUUCAACUUUUAUACGAAGUUAAGAUAUUAUUUUUGGUGGAAAUUUUUUCCAGUAUUUGGGAAAAUUUUGGUCAAAUUAGGGGGAAAAGGUGGUUACUUUGGUUGGGGAAGCGGCCGAUAUUCGGCUUCUGCAAAGAAAGGUUUUUUGGCCCUGCAGUCAGUAUUAUUUUACAUAUUCAUAGUCAUGUGUUUGUAUUCAUUUUAAAUCAAAGUUUUCGAUAUUGUUUUUUUUUUUUGCUGGACCCAAGGUCUGACAGUUUCGGAAAUAUUAUUUGACCUCAGCAAAUUUUAUCGGAUUUGUCCGACGUCUUUCGCAUUGGUUGGUCCUUCUUUCAGUAUUGUAAUUGACCAAUGUUUAGUAACAAUCAGUGUCCUUGACCAGUAUUGUAAUUGACCAAUGUUUAGUAACAAUUAGUGUCCUUGACCAGUAUUGUAAUUGAACAAAUGUUUAGUAACAGUCAGUGUCUUUGACCAGUAUUGUAAUUGACCAAUAUUUAGUAACAAUUAGUUCCCUUGAUCAGUAUUGUAUUUAAGGCCAGAAUUUUCUAAUAAAAUGAUUUUCGGAUUUUUUUCUAAAAGUGUCGGGUAGGAGGAGGAAAAAAAAAGAAAUACAAAAGAUGGGUGACCAAAUAUGCACUAAUUUUAAAAAUGUUAUGAUAUGAAGUUCUUUUUACUAAGCAACCACAGUGAUUUUUUUAAACAUGUUGAUGUGCAAAAUGAACCUAAUCAGACUGUAGGUCUUGAUGUGCAGUUUUUAAAUUAGUUUGAAUUUUAAAAAUAUCUUAACUGGUUCAAAAGUUAAUAUGCAAUUUUUUCACGUGUCCAUAAUAAACUUUUUGGUGAUUUUUUUGCUGAGCAUUUUAGUCAUAGUACCUGUGCGUUUUGCGGACUUCGUGCGUAAAACAAAAUAACUUUCGAAUUUUGCUAUCAUUUGAUUUUUUUUUUUAUAAUUGUUUCAUUUGGUUGAAACUUUUUCACAAGGAAUCCAUAUUUUGCAUUAACCCUUAAAGCGCUGGAGCUGAAUUUUAAAGGCCUUUGCAAACAGUUUGGAUCCAGAUGAGACGCCACAGAACGUGGCGUCUCAUCAGGAUCCAAACUGUUUGCUAUUCUGAUAGUAUUCUUUGAAAAAAAUCGAAGAAAAUGCUAAUUUUAUAAAUUCAGCAGACGACAUUCUAGCAGACGACAAAUUUCCCAGCAUGCAAAGGGUUAAAAAUACUUUUAUCUCAACAAACAACACAUAAGCUAUUGAGGUUUAAAAGAAACAUUUAUAGUUUAUUGUCCAGUAAAAAUCAAUACCGCAGACAAAUACAAAUAGCAUAACAAAACGCUUUUCUGGGGUUUCACUGGCCCAAAAAAAGUUGUCGCCACUUUAUCGCGGUGUGAAAACCGCCGGUAAUUCCAACUUUUUUAAUAAGGACAAUCAUUUAAGGAACCUUACUACAUUAAUGAAUAAUGGCAUUGACUAUAUUUUUAUUACUUUGAGAAGUAUGUUAAUACAUAAAUAACAAUAAGUACCUUCAUUAAGUCUUAAUAAGCUUUAUUUUUAUAUAAAUAACAUUUUUCCACUUGAUAAACCAGAUAACCAACAUAAUAUAAUAAGGUUAACAAUUAUGUAACAGUAUGCUGCAUACAUGUUCAGAAUUAUUUAUUAAAAUCUAGAAUCACACAAAUAUACAUCUUCUGAAAGGAAAAAUAAAUCGAACAUCAGAAAAUAAAGCAUCUCAAUUCAAAUUGUUAAACAGUUACAUUUGGUCAUUUGGACAUGAUAUACAUCAACUUCUGUUUAUUAUCAAAUUUCACAAAUUCUAAAACAACACCUAUUGUUAAAAGGUUUUCUGUUAAGAAGCUGUGGUGGUUGAUUUCCAGGUUCAAUUAAAUGAAUAUUUUUCACAUCUAUUUCUUGACAGAAAGGCCCAGGAUAAUUGCCACCAUCCAUUCUUGUUGUCUGAAAUAACACAAAACAUAUUUUUACAAACUAUAUACAACAAAUCAACACAUAAAAUUAAUAUCACUAUCUUUAUAUGUCCAAAUUUUAACAUAUCUGAAAUAUAGUACAUCGAGUGAAAGACCUACUUUUGAUUUCAGAAAUAGUUGGUAUCUAAAUUAAAAUAUAUCGUUCCCAUUAUUAUAAUAAUGGAACUGUAAAACAUAAAUGCUCACAAAUGCCUGUUGAAUCAAGUUAACAGUUGUUUUUGUCAUGGUAUUGAUUAAAGAAAUAGCGUCCCUAAUAAUCGUUAUAAUUAUUGAUCUUCGUGACAGUUUAUCCCAGGAUAACAUAAUUGAUAGUUCAAUGUCAUAAAGGAGCCGUUAAUCCGAUAAUAACCCCCAUAAACUUGACUAUUUUAUUUGGACAUUCAUGGUUUGAAAUCCUUUUAAAAACUGUUGAUUUUGCGAUUUUUGAACUUUUGGUACGAACCAGUUCGGAACAAAACCGAAAUGUUUCGUACCCAUUGAAAAUAACGAAAAAACACAUAUUAUAUGCGUAAAUGGGUAUGGCAUUUCGAGCACCUGUUAAAUUAAAAUCGUUCUUUUCUUAUUGCUUUCAUAAUAAUUUGUUGUCAUUUUAAUACUAUCAAUGUUGUAAAUUUGUAAAGAAAUAAUAAAAUAUUUACUUACAAAUCGAUUCCAUUCAGGAUUUCAUUUGACGGUUGCAUAAUUAUUGGGAAAUCAGCAGACCUUGCUGAUGAAAGCGUUGUACAUAGCUUUCUUGAACAAACAAUAAUGGCGUAGCUUUUGGUAAAUUCCAGCACAUGUACAUGAUGAAGGAUGCUCAAGUCUAAAUGUGAGUAAUUAAAACUGGGUUAAUUAUGAUGAUUUAUAACUCAUUUGAACUUUUUCUAAAACCUGGCAAGCGUUUCGUGUUUCGUAAAAGCCACCUUUUGGCAUCCGAAAAAAAUUCAAGAUUUUUUUUUUUUUGUUGGUUUCGUCAAAAAUUGAGUUGCGGGUCCGAAAAUCAUUUUAUAAAACAAUUCUGGCCUAAUCAAUGUUAAGUAACAAUCAGUGGAAUCAGAAACAGGUCAAGUUCGGAAUGAUAUGCCAGCAGUGCCCUGGAAAAAUGCAUUUGUGUAAAGUAUGUCCCAGAUUAGCCUGUUCUGUGACUGCACAUGCCAAUCUGGAACAACACUUUACGCAUAUUCACCAAGCAGGGUUCUAUAUUAUAAUUUACUGAUUGACAUCAGUUUAAGUGAUUUUUGCUUUGAAUUCUUUACAGGUUUCGGAACAUUUUGAGCUGCACAGAUGGUAACACCAUGAUUAAGCACAUGACAAAUAAGUCUUGUGAAGAGCUGUUGUAUAUCAUGGA